CCCGGAGAAGCCGCGCAGGCUCUGCCGGUGGUGCGCGGUCCCCGCGGGAGCUUAGGGCCUCAACUAUGCUGCGCAGGUUGGGCUGUGUGUUGUUCUGCAGCCUUGGGGCACUGCUGCUCUGCUGUCUGCUCUUUCUGAAGGAGAGCCCGCCAGCAGGCAGCUCCGAGGCCCACCAGCACUCAAGGGCACUGCCAAGGCCCCAGCACAGCCAGUGCUCACCCAACCUAGCAAUUGCUAAGGCCUCCCUGUCCCUGCCCAGCCGCCAUCGCCUCUUCUUAACCUAUCGACACUGCCGGCACUUCUCUAUCUUGCUGGAGCCUUCCGAGUGUGCCAGGGACACCUUCCUGCUCUUGGUCAUCAAGUCACAGCCUGGUCAUAUCGAGCAGCGUGCGGCCAUUAGGGGCACUUGGGGCCGGGCUGGGAGCUGGGUCAGGGGCCGGCAGGUGAAGCUGGUGUUCCUCCUGGGGGUAGCAGGGCCUGUACCCCCAGCCCAGCUGCUGGCCUAUGAGAGUUGGCAGUUCGAUGACAUCCUGCAGUGGGACUUUGCCGAGGACUUCUUCAACCUGACACUGAAGGAGCUGCAUGUGCAGCGCUGGAUGGCAGCCGCCUGCACACGGGCCCACUUCAUACUAAAGGGGGACGAUGACGUCUUCAUCCAUGUCCCCAAUGUGCUCGAGUUCCUGGAGGGCCGGGAUCCCGCCCAGGACCUCUUAGUGGGCGAUGUCAUCCACCAGGCCCGGCCCAACAGGAACACCAAGGUCAAAUACUUCAUCCCAUUCUCCAUGUACAGGGCCCGCCACUAUCCACCUUAUGCAGGAGGAGGCGGCUAUGUUAUGUCCCAGGCUACUGUGAGGCGUCUUCACACAGCCAUGGAAAAGGCAGAACUCUUCCCCAUUGACGAUGUCUUUGUGGGGAUGUGCCUGCAAAAGCUGGGGGUGAGCCCUAUCCACCAUGCUGGCUUCAAGACAUUUGGAAUCCAGCAGCCCCCGAACUCCUGGGACCCUUGCUUGUACAGAGGACUCCUGCUGGUGCACCGUCUCAGCCCCCUGGAGAUGUGGAACAUGUGGGCACUGGUGACAGAUGGGGGGCUCAAAUGUGCAGCGACCCCCAAGCCUAGCCCUGUUGUGGGUUGAACAACAGCUUUAAAUGGCUGCUAACUUCCUUUACCAAGAGAAACAGAUCAGGCCCCUGCUGGUCAGCAGGAAAGGAACUCAUUUUUAUAAUGCCACCAACCUUUCCUGAUUGAAAGCGCUGGUGUGAGCACGUGCUGAAUGGGAGUGGAUGCUGCCGGAAGGCCAGGCCCCACAACUCCCACCCCCCCAGGGCCCCUCCA